GAACUUCAAUAAUACACACAAAAGAGAAAAAAGAUAAACAAUGGCAAACCCGAUAGUAUAUACUACACACUCAUGAGCUCUCAUCAACAUCGUCGUCUCUCUGCCUCUCCCUCGAGCGCUCGUCAGCUAAUAUACCAUUUGGAUUUGCAUUUGUUACGGUAAAAGGUUGGGAGAGACAGUGUUGAGAGCACGCGUAUCUGAAGAGCGGCCGCCUAAAGAAUCAAAACCCUAGAUCCCAAUUUUUAUAUUAUUGUCUUUUAUUUAUUUUUUUCGUUUAUUUUCCAAGUUGCUCGAGGAUCGGAAAAAAAUGGUGGUCUCUGCACCUCAAUCUCAGUCGCAGCCUCAGCCUCAGCCUCUCUCUGCCGAGGAAGAAGCGCUUAAGAGAAACACCGAUUGCGUCUACUUUCUUGCUUCUCCUUUAACCUGCAAAAAGGGAAGUGAGUGUGAGUAUCGCCAUAGUGAUGUUGCACGGGUAAAUCCAAGAGACUGUUAUUUCUGGCUGCAUGGUAACUGCUUAAACCCAAAGUGUGGUUUUCGGCAUCCACCACUCGACGGAUUGCUGGGAACAGAAACGCCAAUACCCAUUGGACCCUCCGAACCCGUGUCCCAAACUGCAGUGGCCUCUGCCCCACCAAAUGUCUCCACCAAACCAGGCGUGCCAUGCAUAUUUUUCCAAAAAGGGUGCUGUCUAAAAGGUGACUGGUGUCCGUUUAUUCACAUGCCUUAUUCUUCGAGUAACAAACCCUUGCCAGUCCCAGUAGCUGCUAGCAACACUGUAAACAACAAAAACACUUUAAGCGGACCACCCGAGAAGCACACCCAGCUGAAAACAACCCCUCCAGCAAAAGUUGCCGAAUCUGUCAACAACGACAUGGCAGUGGCAAAGUCAUUCUUCCCAACCGACUCUAGAAAUGAAUCGGCCAUUACCAGGAGUGUGGGCACACAAAAAAAAACUCGCGCGACUGAGCUCUAUGGGUACAGGAACUCUACUCCCGUCUCAAACGGAAACCCAGACAACUGGCCCAUUUACAUUCAGCAAUCUCGCCACCUAGACGAGCCCGAGCCCGAACCCGAACCCGAACCCGAGUAUACUAACAGUAAGGACAAUGACGAGAUUUCAAGGGAGCCCUCUCCUGGUUUUGACGUCCUUGUGGAUGAUGAUUUGAGAGACUCGGAAUACUAUCCCAGUGAUGAUAGAAAUGAGUAUGAUAUUGGGCUCCCAAAUGAGCACAGAACUGUUCUUGGUUUGAAUGACGAGUGUUAUCCUGUUGGCUAUAACUCGCACGAUCUCCAAAGGGGGCAGUUCAAUAAUUAUGAGCAUCACUUGGCCCCAUCUGAACUGCACGGAAGGCAUGAUGCUGUCGACCGGAUUGAUGAGCUGGACCUAAGGCACCGUCUGACGAAGCACAAGAAGCCCAAUGGACUAAGGUCUGUCAUCAGUCAUGGGAAUGCGCGCAAUUCGGACAGAGGCUACCGGGGACUGCAAAAUGAAAAUAAGCGGGAAAAUACGAUCAGUAGCCGCCUUAGGGGCAGAAUUGGUAUUCCUCGGAGGUCACUUUCUCCUGUAAGGGCAAAUAUGUCUGCACACCAGAGAAGGCUACGUGAUGUGAGAGGAAUGGUGGACAAAGGCUUUAAUAACAUGGGUGGGAGGAAUUACAGAGGUCCGUAUGAGAGACAACGAGAAGAUGGUGUUAAUUUUUCUGGUCCGAAAAGUCUUUCGGAGUUGAAGAAUCGGAAGAAUGUUGUAAUUGGGGAAAAGAGUGGAAUCGACCAACAAUCACUUGGAAAGAGAAAGCACGCGCAUCGGGAGAGCAAAAACGACCUGUCGUUCGAGGGGCCGAAGCCUCUGGAGGAGAUUCUCAAGCGCAAGAGGGGCGGGAUGAGUCGGGACGCACCCAAAAACGAGCAGAUUCUCAAGAAGGAUGAAUUUAAGGAAGAGGGAAAGGAUGUGACUGCCAAUGAUGAGGUUUACGAAUCCAACACGGCAGCUGAGAAGGUAGAUGAUGUGGUCAAUGAUGGUGGGGAACAUGAGUUUGAAGAAGAGGGGUAUGAGCCUGGGGAGGAAGAGUGGGAUAAUGAGCAGGCGGAUGAAGGAGAUAAUGAGGAGUAUGCGGAUGAGGAUGAAGACAAUGAUUUUGCAAAGAAGAUGGGUGUAAUGUACUCUUGAGGGUAAAAAGGUCCUUUUGGGUGGGUGUGCUCUUGCUGCUAAACUUCGUUGCAGUUUUACAGGUAUUCGUUCUCUGUUUAUCUAGGGUUUCGCGUGCUCUACUAGUUUUGAUGUCAGGAAAAGUAGAGGUAUGGAUGGCCUUGUGUGUACCAUUUUAGAUUAUUUCUUUUAUGGUGGAGUGUGUUUUGAACUCUUGAUCUGUGUGGGAAAUUUCUUGUUUUUCUCUUUUGGUUUUUGUUUGUAGUUUCAUUAUACUUUGUACUUUUCAACUUUAUGUUCCUGAGAAGAGGAUUAUGAUUGUAACAUUGAGGAAGUUGAAUAAUUGGCCUCUCUCUCGCUUUAUGAUUUUAUGUUUAUUUCCGUUUCCAUUCUCUAUACAUCUAUGUCCCUGAGAUGAGGAUUAUGAUUGUGACAUUGAGGAAGUUAG